AUGCUUUCACUACCUCUUAUCACCCCGCGCGAUUCCCAUGAACUCUGGUUCGGCUCCUCCCAACCUUACCGAGCUUCCUCACAGCACCAUCAAUCGGCAGGUGACGCGCAACAAGGACACCUGCGUCGCAAUGGCGGUCAUACCUCGUACGGGCGCGCACAUAUGUCCUCCGCCGGGGCCGGAAAUAGUCUGUCGUCGUUAAUACUAGAGGAACGCGCCCUUCGUGCCAGAAAGAACAACAUCGCCUCGUUCGGGUACUCGUGGAUCAAACCCGCAGGAUGCGCCAAAACUAUGCUAGGGAUGAAGGAAGAAGAGGCGGAGCGGGAAGAAGCUCUUGCUGCCGCCGCGGCGGAAAUGGCCGCUGCCGCUGCCGCCGCAGAUCCGGGGAUGGAUGGUAUGGAUGGGCUGGGUGGCGGCCGGAACGGCCAGACGGAUGGCGAGGGACAAGACGAUACGGGGAUGGAAAGAGAUCUCGAUGACGAUAUCCCGGAUGCAGAUGGGGAGGGUCUCGUGGAGGAAGGGGAGGAAGGCCUCGAAGAGGACGACGAAGUGGAUGAGGAAGGGUAUAUGGAACGUGAUCUCGACGACGAUAUCCCUGAGGCAUUCCCGGAGGACGAUGACGAUGAAGGACUCGAGGAAGAGAAUGAGUACGACUUCGACAAUCAACCAGACCUAGACGAUGAAAUCCCGAGUGGUGCGUAUGAGCCAGGAAGUGACGAGAUGAGUGAAGACAUGGGCCACGACCUAAACGACGAUAUUCCCGAAGCAGAUGAGGAUCGUUUCGAGCAAGAGGAGGAAUGGCAACAUACCGAUACAGAUGCCGAGUUUGACGAGGAGGAAGACGAAGUCAGCUUUGCGCAGGAUCCUCUCAAUCAAAGCUUCCGAGUGAGCACAACUAGCAGCCGUGGAAUCCCUUCGGCGCCAGCUCAGCAAGAAACAGAAGCCCAGCGACGCUUCCUUCAACGGUGGAGUGGCGGUGGUGAUGCAUUCAAUUCGAGCAACAUGGUAGUCGAUGACGAUGACCUCCGAGCUUCUAUAACCAGUCAAGCAAGUCGACGGAGUGUAUUCGGCAGAUAUCCCAGGAGGCGAACAGGCGGCCCCAGAGAUAGCUUCGACUGA